UGGUUGAGUUAUUUUUACCCAUCGCAAUUUCGUGACGAGUCUCAUCCGGCAUCUUUCCAUGAAACCUAGAACAUGUUUCUGCUUAUUUCACAACUUGGUACCCUGGAAGCAUUGUGUGGUUUUGAAAUAUUCUUUUCGUCGUUCGCAAUUUUAUUAUUGUUGUCCACGCCGUGAAUUUCAGACGCUUGUCAAGGCCGUGGUUACCGAUUCCAGUAAAAGUACUGCCAGUAGUUCCCGUGAUCUUUUAUAUGCAGGCAACGUAACCAAGUUGAAUACUUAUGUGCCUUUGCAUGUACAUAGUGAAUAUUCGUUGCUUGACGGAGCUAGCCACGUAAAAGAUCUUGUUCAUCGUGCCAAGUCUUUGUCUUGUCCGGCGUUGGCGUUGACAGACCACGGCGUUAUGUUUGGAGUAGUGGAGCUCAUUGAAGAGUGCCUUAAAAGUGGAAUCAAACCUAUUGCUGGAAAUGAAGUUUAUAUUCUGAACGGUGAUAUAUCAGUACAAGCAAAGAAGCGUCGAUAUCACCUCACUAUUUUAGCCAAAAAUGCUGAAGGAUAUCGAAAUCUUUCCAAGUUGACUUCCAUUAGUCAUUUAAAAGGAGUACAACGAAAGGGAAUCAUGGCGAGGCCUUGUAUCAGCAAAGACUAUUUGAAACGUUAUUCGGAAGGACUUGUCAUUUUAAGUGGUUGUUUGGCAGGAGAGAUUCCACAAGCUAUAUUAGCUGGAGAAAUGGAAAAGGCUUUGCAAGUUGCCAAAUGGUAUCAAGAUUCCUUUGGUGAUGACUUUUUCUUGGAGAUCCAGAAUCAUGGACUAGAACAAGAUAAGAUUGUUCUUCCCGGUAUUUAUCACAUAUCGCAAGUUUUAGGAAUCAAGCUUGUUGCCACGAAUGAUUCCCAUUUUACUUAUGCAACUGAUGCAGACAUGCAUGAUUGUUUGUUGUGUAUACAAACUGCUAAAAAAUUGACAGAUGAGAAACGAAUGCGAUAUACUGGAACAGAAUACUUUAAAACUUUUGAAGAAAUGAUUCAGUGUUUUGAACCCAUUUUACCAUUGCAUGUUAUAAGAGAAGCUUUGUACAAUUCCAUUCAAAUAAGUGAAAGAAUCGAAGACUACGAUAUUUUUGGAGCGACAAGAUUUCCUGAAAUGAGAUUACCCGAAGAGUUUCAAGGCAAACCAGAGAUAUAUUUGCGACAUUUGGUGUUUCAAGGCUUGAAAAGAAGAUUCAGCAAUUCUUCCUUUGAUAAAAUGACCAACGUCGUCCAUGACUUUCAUUGUAUACCCAAUGAAUAUUUAGAUCGUGUAGAAAGAGAACUUUUUAUAGUUCAAUCAAAAGGAUUUACCAAUUAUUUUCUUAUUGUUUGGGAUUAUGUUGCAUUUGCGAGGCAGUCGGGAAUUCGUGUCGGUCCUGGAAGAGGUUCUGCAGCAGGUUCACUUAUUGCUUAUGCUCUUGGAAUUACGGAUAUCGAUCCCAUUAAACACGGCUUGUUAUUUGAAAGAUUUCUGAAUCCGGAAAGAAUGAGUUUGCCAGAUAUUGACAUUGACUUUUCUAUGAGAGGAAAGGAUGAAAUCAUUCGUUAUUUGAAGAUGCGAUAUGGUGAAGAAUAUGUGGCACAGAUAAUCACUUUUAAUAAGCUUGCUUCUAGAGCAGUAGUUAAGGACGUUGGUAGAGUUUUAGGUUUUUCAUUCAAAGAGACGGAAAAGUUUUCAAAAGAGAUAUUGGUGAAUAGAGGAAAGCCUACUUCAUUGGAAGCAAUGAUAUCUACACAUAGUCCAUCCAAAGUAUUCCGAGAUUGGUAUUUGAAUGAUGAUCACAUUCGCCGUUGGAUUGAUCUUGCCUUACGAAUUGAAGGAACUACAAAGAGUUAUGGAGUUCAUGCCGCUGGGGUAGUUAUCUCUCCGGAACCUUUGAGUGAGUUGGUUCCACUUACACGUGGAAGUGAUGGAGAAGUUAUUACUCAAUAUGCUAUGGAAGAUAUUGAAGCGCUUGGAUUGUUGAAAAUGGAUUUAUUGGGACUCAAGACCCUAAGUAUUAUAGAAGAAACACUUGGUUUGAUUCGAAAGAAAGAAACUUGUUCGAAUAUUCAUUUAGAUGCCAUUCCUACCCAUGAUAAGUUAACCUAUGAAUUGUUGUCACAAGGAGAAGUGGACGGAGUAUUUCAGUUGGAUGCUUCUCCCAAAAUGAAGCAAAUCAUUCGAGAACUUUGUCCCAACUGCUUGGAAGAUAUUUCUUCAGCUAUUGCUUUGUAUCGUCCAGGUCCUUUGGAUGCUGGUCUCAUACCUAGUUAUAUUAAGCGGAAGUUGGGUAAAGAAAAGGUGGAAUAUUUGCAUCCCAUUUUGGAACCCAUUCUUUCAAGCACUUAUGGAAUAUUGAUGUAUCAAGAACAGAUUAUGCAAGUAGCUCAAGUAGUUGCUGGUUAUUCCAUGGGUCAAGCUGAUAUUCUUAGGAGAGCUAUGGGAAAGAAGAAGGCUGAUGCAAUGGAAUCUGAAAGGAAGAAUUUUAUUCAAGGAGCCCUAAAAGGAGGAUAUUCCCUUUCCUUUGCUGAAGAGCUGUUCGAUCAGAUGUCCAAGUUUGCAGAAUAUUGCUUUAAUAAGAGUCAUUCUACUGCUUACGCAUAUAUUACUUAUCAAACUGCUUGGCUAAAGGCAAACUAUCCACAAGAAUAUUUAAUUGCAUUGUUUAAUCAUCAUGAAGGUGAUAUGGAUAAGAUAUCCAAGUUUAGUCUUUAUGCAGCUCGAAAAGGAAUUGCUGUAUAUGGACCUUGUAUUCAUCAAAGUUUUGUGGAAUAUACGGAAGAUAAUACGUCUUCUAUGAAGGGUAUACGAGCUGGUCUUGCCUCUGUCAAGAAUGUUGGUCAUGCAGCUGCUCAAGCAAUUAUUGAAGAAAGAGAACGAAAUGGUCCUUUUCUUUCAUUAGAAGAUUUAUGUACACGAGUAGAACACUCUGCAGUUACCAAACGUACCUAUGAAGCACUUAUAUUAUCUGGUGCUUUAGAUAAGAUAGAUUCAAAUAGAAAUUAUAUGAAGAAUAUUCUAGAGCAACUUCUCAAGUUUAUACAAAAGAAGCGAAAGGCAAUGAAAAGGAAGAGUACGAGUAAGAGAAAGACGAAUAAUGAGGAGUUGACUAGUUUUACUCCCACCAUUUCCAAAGACGAGAUAACAACAAGUAUUUCAGAUGCGAUAAAAUAUGAAAAGGAAUAUGUUGGCUUUACUUGGCAGAAUUUGUACAAACUUUUUUUUGACGCUUAUCAUUUGUUGAAUCCCAUUCCUUUGGUGGAUGUUAUUCGUUAUGCCCAUCCUUCGGAUAGUAUGAUUCUUCUAUCGGAUGCUCAGUAUGCUCAGUUACGUCAACAAUUGGAAGCUAUGGGAAUGUUUUCUAAAGCUUGGAGUACUUUGGCUGAUAUUGAGAAUAAGAAAGAAAAGAAUAUUAGAUUUGUUGCUGUUGGUUUAUUACAGAAUUUGAGAAUAUUUCAUACGAGAAGAGGAGAUUGUAUGGCAACUUUUGAGUUGAGAGAUGCAACUGCUGUUUGUUUAGUAAGAAUUUAUCCACGGCCGUAUUCUCAGUUGUCUCAUCUUUUGAUGGAAAAUGAACACUUUGCUGUUCGUCUGCAUUUGGAUUGCAAGACAGGAAAGUCCAGUCAGUUGAUUGUAGAAGACAUGGCUCGACUAGCAGAUAUUAAGACUAUUCCGGAAUAUUGGGUAGAAUAAAAGAGUGGAUGAAGAAUAAAGAAUGAAAUGAUGAA